CACCUUUUUGGAACUGUGUGUGGAGCUCGCCCCAGCACUGCAGCUUAAGAACAUCAGAAUGAGAGCUGCUCUGACUGUGGAAAAGCAAGUGGCGAUUGCUGUGCGGAAGCUGGUAACUCCAGACUGCUUCCGUUUAGUUGUGAUUCAGUUUGGAGUUGGAAAGUCUACCAUGGGGGCUGCGGUGAUGCAAGUAGGCAGGAUCAUUAACUACCUCCUGCUACAAAGGACUGUGACUGUUAGUAAUGUCCAGGAAAUAAUUGAUGACUUUGAGGCAAUGGGAUUCCCUAACUGCAACAGGACAAUAGAUAGAACACACAUUUAUUUUAGCACCAUCUUGCGACAGAGUACAUCCACCGAAAGGGCUACUUCUCCAUGGUCUUGCAGGUGCUGGUGGAUCACGGGAGCCAUUUCAUUGACAUCAGUGCGGGGUGGUCAGGGAAAGUGCAUGAUGCACUUUUGGAACAAUGGACUGUGUAGAAAGCUGCAUGCUGGGACUUUCUUUCCAGCCCAGAAGAUUCCAGUGAGGGAAUAUGAAAAUUCCCAUAGUGAUCCUUGGAGAGCCGACAUACACCUUGCUCCUGGAGCUCAUGAAGCCUUACACAGGAAACCUAGACAGCAACAAGGAGCAAUUCAACAACAGGCCUAGCAGAUGCCGAAUGACCAUUGCAUGUGCCUUUGGCUGGCACUGUCUUUUUUUCCAGGUAGACCUCAAUGAGGAAAAUAUUCCGAUGGUCAUUGCAGCCUGCUGUACUCUUCAUAAUAUUUGUUAAUUGAAGGGGGAAAAGUUUCCCCAGGGUAGGCCACUGAGGCUGAUCAACUGGCUGCUGAUUUUGAGCAGACAGAUAGACGGGCAAUUAGAAGAGCGCAAUGAGAGGCUAUUCAAAUCAGGGAGGUUUUGAAGAAGCUUUUGACAGUGAUUCUCAGUAUUGUGUCUGUAUAUGAUGCGUGCAGACAGACAACGUUUACUUACCCCUGUAGUGCUUGCUUCUUGAGGAUUUAUUGCAAGGAGCAAAUAUUCCUACCUAUAGCCACUAUGUUUCAGUGUUAGUACUGAGUGAUGUAUGUAUGUCACAAAUAAAGACUCAAAGAUUCAAAUUUAAUAACGGGAUAAAACAAACUUUUGGACAAACGGAACAUGAAAAUGAACAGUCUUGAGGUUAGGGCUUUCAUAGCUGGAUGUAAUUCCAGUUUUCACUGGAAAAUCGUUCUCAAGCAUGGCGUGCACAGGUUACUGUGAGGGACUGGAAACAAGCAAUGAAUGCAGUAGGGGAGUUGGGGGAGGGAUGGACCAGAGUUCUGUAGUGGCUGGAGGGAGUCAGGCAUGGAUUUGCUCUGAUUGCAGGCUAAUGAGGGACUUCAACAUCUCUAUCUGGUCCAGGAGGUUUAUCAUCCACUCCUGUCCGUGUCCCUUCCUGGCUAUCAAGCCUCAGUCUUUCAUUAAUUUGUCUCCCUCCAUGCUCUUGUUUCACUAUGUGCUGCAUCUAUUGACUGCAGCACUUGUCAAAACAUUUCCUCCUCAUUCCUCCUGGGUUCGCUGCUUUAUCUGAUGGAGGCUCUCUGCCAGCGUGGAGGAAUGCGUUCUGAAGACACAUGUGCAGAAGGCAAAAGAACAGUGAACAGAGACAAUAUUGUGAGUUCGUUCACAGACGUGAAUCACAAAAGUUACGCACCCCUCUUUCUCAGAGUCCCUUGGAUAGCACACAGUUGGCCGUGAGUCCCAAUUAUGGUGAGUUCGCGGGAGGAGGAAAGGAAAGGGCAAGAAAGUACAAAGGGUGAUUUUUGAAGGGGUUACUAUUAGUGGCUAGGGAGCCUAUUCUGAAUACUUGUACCCUUUUCCACAGGCUAGGGCAAUCAAACCCGAUAUCUCACUCCUCAGGGUAAUUCAGGAUGCAAGAGAACAUCUCCUGCCUGCAUGUGGUUUCAGACCGGCUCCAUAUGCUGCUUGUCUGUGUGCCACUCUGGUUCCUGCAAAAGUAAUUGCCGGGUGGCACGGCAAAGUUUUCAUACACUGGGGUAGAAACAAGGCAGCUCUACCAAGGAACCUUCGGCAGCGUAUUGCAGAGUACCUACAGGAAAGUUUCCUAGAGAUCACUAUGGAGGAUUCCAGAGACAUCCCCAUGUAACAUUAAUAAACUUUUCUGCUGUGGCCCCACUGCAUAGAUGGACAGGCUCUGUUGUUAAUUUCUGUCCCUUAUCCCUCCUCCAACUUAUAACAAAGUACAUGAGAGCUCAAUCUCCUGUCACCAUGCAGUAUGAAAGCAAAAUGAGCACUUACCAGAGCUGUCGUCUCCUGCAUCCUCCGCGCCAAAGCCAGAGUGCUGGGAUUAGCUAUACCCUUUCGGAUUGGAAAAGAGAUCCUGACUCACUGUGACACUUGAUGACCCUGCCUUGUGCUCUACAUCGUCUUCCUGCUCCAUCUCCUUGUCCACCACUUCCUCACUGGAGUUGAGUCUGAUGGCUGUUGCCUCCAUGCCCCGGAAGUAUCCACGGGGCUCUUGGUGGUGGAGAUGGGUCACUGCCAAGGAUGUCGUGCAGCUCCUUAUAGAAACAGCAUAUCUUUGGUGCUGCACGAGAGCGACGAUUGGCCUCCCUUGCCUUCUGCUGGCUACAGAAUUUCCAUCAGAAGAUAUUCUCUUAGUAACAGCUUCUCCAGUUAUAAAAGCAGUAACAAAUUUCAAACAGGUCUCCAAAACACUGGAGGAAUUUGAUGUUGAAGAACAACCAAGCACUAUGUUAGAAAAACGGUAUCCCAACAUUAAAGUUAUAGAGUCUGGAGUGAAACAGUUGAAAAGUCAGGAGCAUAAAAUUUUCACAGAAGAUGGCAAACAGUGUAUAUAUGAAAAACUUUGCCUAUGUGCAGGAGCAAAACCUAAGUUAAUUUUUGAAGAAAACCCAUAUGUAUUAGGAAUCCGGGAUACUGACAGUGCUCAGGCCUUUCAGAAUCAUUUGGCUAAAGCUGAAAGAAUAGCAGUUGUGGGAAAUGGUGGCAUUGCGCUCGAAUUAGUGUAUGAAAUUGAAGGAUGUGAAGUGCUUUGGGCCAUCAAAGACAAAGCCAUUGGGAAUACUUUCUUUGAUGCAGGAGCAGCUGAAUUCCUUAUUCCAAAGCUAACAGCUGAGAAAUUAGAGACUGCAAUUGCAUGUAAAAGAACCAAAUAUACGACAGAAGGAUGUGAGAAGGAAGAAGGAAGUGUGGCAGCAGCUGACAAACUUGGCACUGCCUUAGGCCCUGAUUGGCAUGAGGGCCUACAUCUUAAAGGAACUAAAGAGUUUUCUCACAAAGUUCACAUUGAAACACUGUGUGAAAUAAAGAAAAUAUACCUUCAGCAAGAAUUCAAGCAGCUGCAGAAGACCUCUUUGUCUUUUCCUAAAGACAGUUCAGAUAACCAGAAUGCACACCCAGAUGAAGAGCUGUGGCCUGUAUAUAUGGAAUUAACCAAUGGGAAGAUAUAUGGCUGUGAUUUCAUUGUCAGUGCAACUGGAGUUGUGCCAAAUGUUAAGCCAUUUCUUGAUGGUAAUAAUUUUACUCUAGGUGAAGAUGGCGGUCUGAAAGUGGAUAAACAUAUGCACUCUUCAGUAGCAGAUAUCUAUGCAGCAGGGGAUAUCUGCACUGCAUCAUGGGAACCUAGUCCAGUGUGGCAGCAGAUGAGGCUUUGGACCCAAGCUAGACAGAUGGGAUGGUAUGCAGCAAAGUGCAUGGUAGCAGAUUUUUUAGGGGAAUCUAUUGACAUGGACUUCAGUUUUGAACUCUUUGCUCAUGUUACAAAAUUUUUCAAUUAUAAGGUGGUGCUUUUGGGAAAGUACAAUGCCCAGGGUUUGGAUUUAGACCAUGAACUAAUGUUGAGGUGUACCAAAGGGCAAGAAUAUGUCAAAGUGGUAAUGCAGAACGGACGAAUGAUGGGAGCUGUAUUGAUCGGUGAAACAGACUUAGAAGAAACCUUUGAAAAUUUGAUUUUAAAUCAAAUGGAUCUUUCAGCAUAUGGGGAAGAUCUCCUAAAUCCAAAUGUUGACAUAGAGGAUUAUUUUGACUGAAACAAAAACAUUGCUCUCCAUGAUUUGAUUUAGCAUUUGGACUUUUCGUGCUGUAGUUUAUAUAACAAUUUACUCAGAAUUUACAGAAAUCAAGUAACCAGAUGUAAUUACAAUUCUGGAGUGAAGAUACUGUGCUGGUACUGCCACGCACUAAGAGGCAGUUGGGAGAUACGUGCUGAAAUGGAGCAGCA